AGUAUGAGGCACACUGAUAGACCUGACACCAUGGAUAUCUGUUUCGGAAAGUGAUUACCUUUUAGGAAUGUGAAGCUAUCUUUUGCUCUCUGUCAUUAGAAUCUCACUUCAGAGGCAUAAACAUAAUUUGAGAAAAAAAGAGUCCAGAUUUAUUGUGUCCGCUGAUUGCUGGCACCUUGUAGUGAUGGAAAUCGAGUCUAUGGUAGCGAACACCGCACUGAUCAGGGCUAGAGAAGCUGGUGGUGGCAAACACAAAGGCAGAAGCAGGAGAUGGAAGGAGCUGCUGCAAUUUCCUCAUAUUAACGAGGGUGCCGAGCUGGAAAGAACGAUUGAACGAGACUACUACAGCUUGUGUGUGGAACAGCCCAUAGGAAAGGCAUUAUUCCACCUCUACUGUGAGACAAAACCAGACCUCAAAUGUUGUAUCGACUUCCUGGAGGAAACGGAAGAUCAUGAGUUCUUACCAGACGAGAAAUGGAAGAGCUUUGGGAAUGAAAUAAUUUCAAAGUAUUUCAACACAGAGUCUCCUCAAUUUGUGCAGGAGAUUCCAGAUUACCAUCGGAACACAUGCAAGCAGAACCUGGAGUCCGACAUUAACUACAGUCUCUUCAACGACUGCAGAAAGACACUACAUAACUAUUUAGCCGGAGAACCUUUCAAAGAUUAUCAGAAGAGCAUGUAUUUUGACCGUUUCCUGCAGUGGAAGAUGGUUGAAAGAUACCCAGUCACCAGGAGCACAUUUCGAGAAUACCGGGUUUUGGGAAAAGGAGGCUUUGGAGAGGUGUGCGCAUGCCAGGUUCGGGCAUCUGGCAAAAUGUACGCCUGCAAGAAAAUGGAAAAGAAGCGCAUCAAGAAGCAGAAGGCAGAAAUUUUCGCUCUCAAUGAGAAGCAAAUUCUGGAGAAAGUUAACAGCAGAUUUGUGGUCGGCUUGGCUUACGCAUAUGAGACCAAGGAUUCUCUUUGCCUGGUGCUGACACUAAUGAAUGGAGGAGAUCUGAAAUUUCAUAUAUAUAAAAUGGGCAUUCCAGGGUUUACCAAGGACAGGGUGCAGUUUUAUGCAGCCGAGGUCCUUUGUGGAUUGGAGCACCUUCACCAAAACAAAGUUAUUUACAGGGAUUUAAAGCCUGAAAAUAUCCUCUUGGACGAUAACGGACACAUACGUAUAUCAGACUUUGGAUUGUCAGUAAUCGUACCAGAAGGAGAGCUAAUUCGUGGAAGAGUGGGAACGGCCGGAUACAUGGCUCCAGAAGUUAUCAAUGACAAACACUACGGUGUCAGUGUUGACUGGUGGGGACUUGGCUGUCUCAUCUACGAGAUGACCGCAGCGUCUCUUCCCUUCCGAGAGCGUACCGAGCGGAUACACCGGAAGGAAGUCGAGAAAAGAGUGCUAGAGAUGACAGAGGACUAUGGAGUCAGGUUCACAUUGGACACGAAAGAUAUCUGUCAAGCGCUCUUGGCCAAAAAGCCAAAGAAAAGACUGGGAUGCGGCCCUGGUGGUGUAAGUGACAUAAAAACUCACCCCUUCUUCAAGGACAUCAACUUCAGACAGUUAGAGGCUGGAAUACUCGUACCCCCUUUUGUGCCAAAUCCAAAAGCUGUGUACUGCCAGGACGUCGUGGAUAUCGAUCAAUUCUCGACAGUGAGGGGAGUCAACCUUGAUGUGACAGAUGAAGACUUUUACAGCAAGUUCAACUCCGGCAGCAUUUCCAUUCCAUGGCAAAAUGAGAUGAUCGAGACGGGGUGCUUUAAGGAUCUCAAUGUUUUCGGGCCCAAAGGCACGAGGACGCCAGAUCUUGAUCGUACCCUUCACGUCGGCCAGAAAACCAAAUCUUUCCAUAAAAUCGCCCGCCAACCAAAGUCAAGCACACGACCUAGGCUGAUUGACAGGAUUUUUAAAAAACAUCACCAAGACGAGGCCACUGAGAAGAUCAGACAAUCAAGGAAAAAAUCACAAUGCACAGACCAUCGAAUGACCUUAUUAGACUCCACAGACGACUCAUUGUAAAUACAUACAAUGUAUAUUAAAAAACAUUGUUUCCUCAGAGAGAGAGAAAAAUGUAAUAAAAGUUUAUGAAAAUGCUCGUGCCUAGUUAGUUAAAAGAUUUAACUAGGUUUUAACCUAUCAGGCUUGGUGCUGAUGUUUCAUGGAUCGCUUUCAAAGUAAAUACAUGCCUUGUUUUAUGAUUGCUUUGUUGUUGUUCAAUUGUUUUAUACUGUUACAUUUAAAUAUAUGACUGAA